CACAACAACGCGCAUCCACCGCGCACCUUUAUCACUCUUCUCCCCUCCCCGACUCCACCCUUCAGGCCUCUACCUUACCCUUUGCCUUCCUCCAUCGCUACAAACUAAGGCAACUGGAUCCUCGUCCAUCUCUCUAGAGUCCGACACUCAGCACCCGAAACCAUCUACUCCUCUACCCACUCCUUGGAAAGCAUCUGCCCUUGCCACGGUUUUAGACUACACGAAAGAAUGAGCUGCAAUUUUUUCGCUUCGGUCGGCCUGAUGGCUCUUCUCGACACAGCGGCCGGCAACUACGUGGAGUACACGACCUAUGAGAACGGCGGCUGCGUAACUGCUCUCUCCGUCAGCGUCUACGCCGGAGUGCCAACGGUCAACGGCGUGCAAACCGCAGACAUGUGCCUCGAGUACGAGGGGACCGCAGAAAGCACCAGCGUGCCGUCCAGCCUGACGGACCAACAGGGUCUCCUCUCGCUCAUGCACGUGUGCAACACGACCGACCCGGGACAGCUGACGAGCACCUGGUACUCCACGGACGACUGCGAUGAGACGGCCGUGGCGUACGAGUUCAGAGAGGAUGCGACCUGCGGCGUUUCCUGCACGGAUGUUGAGCCUGACUAUGGGUCGGACGACUUCGAGGAGGCCACGAUAACUUUCUACGACACUUCCGACUGCAGCAAUGCCACGGACACCGAGGUCUACGCCAUGGUCGAUCUGUACGAGCUAUUUGAAGUGGCGGACGGGACGCCUUGCAGCGCCUCGGGGGACUUCGACCUAUACACGGUCAUCCAGUGCAGCGACGGCUCCCCUGCCGCGGUGUACUACGAGGACGCCACCUGUACCGGGGACGCCGUGGGCAUGACCUACAACCCCGGGUGCGCUGCCGUCCCCAGCAACGGCACGUAUCCGGGAGACUACUUCAUGGCGGAGUGUACGGAGGAGACCGCCGCGGUUGAGGACGACGAUACGGAGGUUGAAGACGACGACGUCGACGGGGCCACCAACUCCGCGUUUUCUCGCUUCGGACUCGGGUCCACGCCCGCAUUCUCCAUGUCGUGUGGCGUUGCGGCUGCCAGCGUUGCUAUGACAACCACCGUCUUCUUUGCCCGUUUUUGAUCGUGGUGUGACCCUGGGUCCAUGAGUAGCGCGAGCAUGUUUUUUGCUUGCCGGUUGUUCAAGGCUAUUUUACUAUCUAUGUGGUGGUGCUGUGGUUGUUGUCGAGGUUUGGUGUGAAGCCAUGCGGGUGGCAAGCAGGUUUGGUUGGUUUCGCAAACAACGUUGCUGGCAGUUUUCGUGAAAACGAGGGAGUGUGAAGAUUAUAGACUAUAUCGCGGUCGAGUUCUCGCGCAACAGCUGAGCCCCAGCGUGUACAGUUUGUUGUGGGGACAGCAUUGCUGCUGUGCACACAUUAUAUAUCACAAGAAGGCCUGUUGGUGGCCAAGAGUGGCCUGACAACCCAACGUAAUUUGGUUGCGUUAUAUAGAAGUAGUAGUCUAUUUGUUUUGGCGAUUGUGAGUAUGUUCAGAACCCGCGUGCCUUGUGCCGAGCGGCUCCAGCGAGCUGUUGCGAUAUGUAGGUAACGUGAUCCGCUCAAAAAUGGACUGACAUGGCUGUCACAAUGUAAUGCUGCCGAUCGCCCUCUUUUGGCUGAAUCGGAUGUGGCCUUUGUUUGAUUCGAAUGGUUUGUGGGCGGAGAUUUGUCGUGUUUCGCCCCGUUGAUGUUUGGCGGCUAGGCUACACCUUUCGGUACAACGACAUGUGUAUUCUAUUGUAUUGGACGCAUUGGCCGCGGUCACACAGGACGAAGUCUCCACCUUUCUGGUGGUGCUUGUCGUUUUUAAUAGCUGCUACAUUCUGUGCCGUUCCCCUGAAAUAUUGUCGGGGCGAAACAGACAGCUUGGUGUAACGAACCGGGCCUGAGUGACUCGCUGGUUGUCGUGCUCGUUGUCGAGGUGGUUGAUAGAAUUGACGAUGUUCUUGUGAGUUCAAGCUGCUGUAGUGGAAAGCCGACAUCAGCAUCACUGUGUCGAGCUGAUGAUGCAUCUACCCGUAAGUGGAAAAGGUGUGUGGGCUAGAGAUUGAUGUUGCGAGCACAGAUGUGAGCUCGAAGUAGGAGCGGGUGGUGCGAGGUUGAAACAACAUCCCGAAGCAGAGAGGGCCUCCCGGGUAGGCACUACGGAGUAGGAGAAGCUAGAAGAGCUGCGAAUAAGUUCGAUGGAAUUCCGUGGAGUGCAAUUUCUGGGAACAUCGUGCGUGAGGCCGGUGAUGAGCUGCUCAGACGAAAGCUAUUUUGAAGAGCAUGGGUUCAACAGGUUGUGCUCUUGCUUGCCUAUCUUCUAUCUAGCACAACCAACGUAGGUGUACCUGAAAACUGCUUCUUCGCUGCGUAAAUGACAUCAAAACCGUUGUUUUUGAGCAGCCGCGUUUUCAAUUACAAGUUGGGACGUCGACGCGGCUAAAAAGGAAGAGCAACGAACAACAAUAAACGAAUCGGACGGGAUGUACGC